CUGUCAUCGUAGCGGAAUUUUCCCAGGAGGGUUAACAGGUACCACCUGAUGUAUUCGCUGGUAUUGAGAGUCGGCGCAUCGUCUGGGACCCCGGUGGCGACAUUGGGUUUAUUAUUCAAGAUCGAAAGCAAGCGCCGAUUCGAACCAAAAGGAUGUGUAGGCGGCUCGUGGUUCGGUUCGAUAGGAAUAUUACUCCUCCAGGCUAUAAAUUGAUCGGUUAUGGUGGAAUGAUUCCUCUACAACCACUUCGCAGGCGAGUAACAUCACAUCCCUCUCAUUCAACGAGGUUUCCAGGGCGCUCUCCCUUAAAGAUACGACGUUUUCGUAGCCGAAGACGUCGAUCUGCGAUGUGGGGUCCAAUCUUGCACCUCGGACA